AUGGCGGUCAGAACUAUUAGGCGUGAUAUUUUAGAAAGUCUUUCUGCUGAUAUUGACGCUUUGUUCAAACAAGUUGAGCUUAAAUACUGGGGACUUCUACCGUGGGAUGCAAUUUCAGAAAAGCUGGCAGUCCAGGACUUUUUUCGUGAGCUUUCUCAUGGGAAGAAAGAGGCUAUUCUUGCGUAUUCUAACAAGUAUUCACCCGAAGAGAAGCUUGCAGCUUCGUGUUUACACGACAUGGCUUGUUCUGAGCUUACGUUCUGGGCAAAAUCUAUUAGUCGUAGGCUGUAUUUUACAGCCAGGCAUUCCCAUCCUUGGGUAGUGGAAUUCAGCUCAAGAUUACAAACGCUGGUUUUUGAACAUUAUUAA